AGCAAGUAUCGGUCGUAACAACUACAAUACCCACAGUCUGUAGCGUCCACGUACGUAUCUUGUGUUGACAUCUGCCGGUAGGCUAACCCACAUGCGACUGACGUUCCAUUCUACUGGGCACUUUAAUAAGUCACAGAAGUAACCUGGAAAAGCAGUGUAUGAAUGAAAGCUUUUAAACAACGAUGUCUCCUCCAAGGCUCACGGGUGCACUGCGCUCCUUCUCCCAUGUCAGUAAAAAUGAGGAUUUCACAGAAAAACCCUACGAUCUCAAGACCAAACGUCUGAAGCGCCAGGAGCUGUUUGCCAGAGAGGGCUUGACUUGGCAGAAGAUUGUCCAUUUCUGCACUGAGCAUCAGGACAAAGCUAAACAGCAAGCUGCCAGUCAGGAACUGAAGAGCCUCCUUUUGGCAGCCAAACAGAUUGUGGGGUCUGAACAUGGUCAAGAGGCCAUUGAAAGUGCUGCUGUCUUUCUGUUUGAGACCUUCCACAACAAAGACCAUGUGGGCACAGAGGAGACCCGCACCAUUCGACAAAUGUUCGGCCCCUUUCCAUCAACUGCAGCUGAUGCCUCCUGUGACUGUGUUGUUCGGCUUCUGGCUCCACUGGAGAACUCCCGUGUUGAAGACUUUAUUCAGACCCACAGCUCCCAUCACAACCCCCAACGAGGCUCCACUUUUGGACGUAACAUUGCCUUCUCAUAUGACUGCUACGCAUUGGAUCCACUUGAGGACCUGCACUGCUCUGGCAUCAAUGAGGAUCAAGUGAGUCUAGACUUGAUCAACUUCCUCAACAACCAGCAGAGUGGGAGGAAGGCCACCAGUGAAGAAGCCUCAGGCAGAUCGUCCACCUCUGGAGAUGGAGCUGUCCUCAGAGCAGAGGUCGAGAAGUAUCUGAACAGGGGCAACAUGAGCUCAUCCAGCCCAGAGGAGCUGUGUACAUCCCUGUUUGAGAUGCUGGCUUCUCACAAGAGUGACGAUGAGCUGCAGAAUGAGCUGUUCGAGCUGCUGGGCCCAGAUGGGCUGGAGAUGAUCUCCACCCUCCUCCAGCGAAGGGUGGCUAUCGUCGACUCCCUCCUUGCUAUCCCACCUGAUAGGCUUGGCUUACCACCAGAUUUUAGCCAAAAAGCUGAAAUGACCAAGCCCAUCUAUGGGUGCCAGGUGACUAUUCAGUCAGAGCAAGAAAAACAGAUGAUGAAGAUGUACCGCAGGGAGGAGAAGAAGGAGAGGAAGAGAGGCAAAGGAACAGAUGACGGUGACUCCUCGGAUGCUGUUAUGACCUUCGACCCCAGAGAGAUGAGAACCCACCGGGAGCACGCCCUUCUGACUGCACGACGGGAUCCCAUACUGAGCAGAGAAAGAACCUACGAACGUAUUCAAUAUCCCAACGUAUACGACAUCUAUGCAGAGGCCUCAAAGAUGCCUGCAUUUGUUGGAGGAGCCAGGAUUCUGCUCCCUGAGGGCGUCCGCAGGGACAACAACAAGAUGUAUGAAGAGGUAGAGAUCCCACCCAAUGAACCCAUGCCAAUUGGCUUUGAGGAGAAGCCCGUCUACAUCUCUGAACUAGAUGAGAUUGCACAGUUGGUGUUCAAAGGGAUGAAGCGUCUGAACAGGAUCCAGUCGAUAGUCUUUGAGACGGCUUACAACACCAAUGAAAACCUUCUGAUCUGCGCUCCAACCGGUGCUGGCAAGACCAACAUCGCCAUGUUGACUGUUCUCCACGAGAUCCAUCAACACCUGCAGCCGGGUGGCGUCAUCAAGAAGGAUGAGUUCAAGAUAGUAUAUGUGGCUCCAAUGAAGGCCUUGGCAGCGGAGAUGACUAAUUACUUCAGUAAGCGUUUGGAGCCACUGGGCAUCACUGUUAAAGAGCUCACUGGAGACAUGCAGCUAACAAAAGGAGAGAUCCUAAGAACACAGAUGUUGGUGACUACUCCUGAGAAGUGGGAUGUUGUGACCAGGAAGAGUGUCGGAGAUGUUGCCCUCUCUCAGCUCGUGCGUCUCCUGAUCUUGGAUGAGGUCCACCUCCUCCAUGAAGAUCGAGGGCCAGUACUGGAGAGCCUGGUGGCCAGGACCAUCAGGCAGGUGGAGUCCACGCAGAGUAUGAUCCGGAUCUUGGGACUGUCAGCCACGCUGCCCAACUACCUGGAUGUGGCCUCCUUCCUUCAUGUGAACCCCUACAUUGGCCUCUUCUUCUUUGACAGUCGCUUCAGACCUGUGCCGCUUGGACAGACUUUCGUUGGCAUUAAAUCAAACAACAAGAUUCAGCAGCUUCAUGACACGGAGGAGGUUUGUUAUAACAAAGUCCUGGAGCAGGUUAAAGCUGGUCAUCAGGUGAUGGUGUUUGUCCACGCCCGUAAUGCCACAGUGAGGACGGCCAUGGGGCUGAUUGAGAUGGCAAAGAACCACGGAGAAAUUACAUUCUUUCAGUCUGACCAGGGUCCCGACUACGGCCAGUGUGAGAAACAGAUCCAGCGCUCCAGAAACAAGCAGAUGAAGGAAAUGUUCCCAGAAGGCUUUGGGAUCCAUCAUGCUGGCAUGCUGCGAUCUGACCGCAGUCUGAUGGAGAGUAUGUUCUCCAAAGGCCAUCUCAAGGUUCUGGUCAGCACUGCCACGCUGGCCUGGGGAGUGAACCUGCCGGCACAUGCAGUUAUCAUCAAGGGAACUCAGAUCUACGAUGCGAAGCGCGGCACCCUCGUGGAUCUUGGUAUCCUGGAUGUCAUGCAGAUUUUCGGGCGUGCAGGUCGCCCCCAGUUUGACAAGUAUGGCGAAGGCACCAUCAUCACCACCCAUGAAAAGCUGAGUCACUACCUCACCCUGCUGACUCAGCAGAACCCCAUUGAGAGUCAGUUUCUGGACAGUCUGGCUGACAACCUAAACGCUGAGGUUGCUUUGGGGACAGUCACCAAUGUAGAAGAGGCAGUAAAGUGGCUGAGUUAUACGUACUUCUAUGUUCGCAUGCGGGCCAACCCACUGGUAUAUGGCAUCAACCACAAGGCUUAUCAGAUGGAUCCCUCUUUGGAGCUGUACAGGAAGGAGCUGGUGUUGGAGGCUGGCAGGAAGUUGGAUAAGGCCCGGAUGAUCCGCUUUGAGGAGCGCACUGGCUACUUUGCCUCCACUGAUAUGGGCAGGACCGCCAGCCACUUUUACAUUAGAUACAACACCAUAGAGACGUUCAAUGAGCUUUUCGACUCUCAGAAGACAGAAGCCGAUAUCCUCAGUAUUGUGUCCAAGGCCGAGGAGUUUGAUCAGUUAAAGGUUCGCGAGGAGGAGCUGGAGGAGCUGGAGCAGUUGCUGUACGACAACUGUCACCUGCCCGCUGCAGGCGGCGUAGAGAACGGCUACGGCAAGGUCAACAUUCUGCUGCAGACGUACAUUGGCCGAGGGGAGGUCGACAGCUUCUCGCUCAUCUCGGACCUGUCGUAUGUGGCACAGAAUGCUGCUCGGAUCGUCAGGGCUUUGUUUGAGAUUGCUCUGAGGAAGCGGUGGCCGGCCAUGACCUACCGACUUCUCACCCUCUGUAAGGUGAUCGACAAGCGACUGUGGAACUUUGCCCACCCUCUUCGCCAGUUCCCCAGCUUGAGUCAUAUUGUGCUGAACCGCCUGGAAGAGAAGAAGCUCACUGUGGACAAACUGAAGGAAAUGAGAAAGGAUGAGAUCGGUCACAUGCUGCACCAUGUCAACGUCGGCUUGGCGGUCAAACAAUGCGUCCAUCAGAUUCCUUCAAUCACGAUGGAGGCCAGUAUUCAGCCGAUCACGCGCACCGUCCUGCGUAUCCGCCUCCUUGUGACGCCGGACUUUCGCUGGAAUGAUCAGGUCCAUGGGUCAGUGGGGGAGCCAUGGUGGUUAUGGGUAGAGGAUCCUAUCAACGAUCACAUCUACCACUCUGAGUACUUCCUGCUGCAGAAGAAACAGGUGGUGACAGGAGAGCCUCAGCACAUAGUGUUCACCAUCCCCAUCUUUGAGCCCUUGCCCUCACAGUACUACAUCAAGGCCGUGUCUGACCGUUGGCUUGGAGCUGAAUCUGUUUGCAUCAUCAACUUUCAGAGCCUCAUCUUACCAGAGAGACACCCUCCACACACUGAGCUGCUGGACCUGCAGCCGCUGCCGAUAACAGCUCUGGGUAACCCCCAGUAUGAGAGCCUGUAUAAGUUCACCCAUUACAACCCAAUCCAGACGCAGAUCUUCCACACACUGUAUCACACCGACACAAACGUCCUGCUGGGGGCGCCAACAGGCUCUGGAAAAACCAUUGCAGCGGAGAUGGCUAUGUUCCGAGUCUUCAACAAAUAUCCAACUGCUAAGGUGGUAUACAUCGCACCUCUGAAAGCUCUGGUUAGAGAGAGAAUUGAGGACUGGAAGAUCAGAAUUGAGGAAAAACUGGGAAGGAAAGUGGUGGAACUGACUGGUGACGUGACCCCGGAUAUGAAAUCCAUCGCACAGGCCGACCUCAUCGUCACCACUCCAGAGAAAUGGGAUGGAGUGAGCAGAAGCUGGCAGAAUCGAAGCUACGUUCAGAAAGUAGCCAUUCUCAUCAUAGACGAGAUUCACCUUCUGGGUGAAGACAGAGGUCCUGUGUUGGAGGUCAUUGUGUCCAGGACCAACUUCAUCUCCUCUCACACCUCUAAGUCUGUGCGAGUAGUCGGUCUGUCCACAGCUCUGGCCAAUGCUAGGGACCUCGCUGACUGGCUGGGAAUUGGACAGGUGGGUUUGUUUAACUUCCGUCCGUCUGUUCGCCCCGUACCGCUGGAAGUUCACAUCCAGGGUUUCCCAGGACAACACUACUGCCCCCGCAUGGCCAGCAUGAACAAGCCCACCUUCCAAGCAAUACGCAGCCAUUCUCCUGCCAAGCCAGUGCUGAUAUUUGUCUCAUCGCGCCGGCAAACUCGACUGACUGCCCUGGACCUUAUUGCCUACCUGGCCACAGAGGACAACCCUAAACAGUGGCUGCACCAGGACGAGAGAGAGAUUGAGGCCAUUAUCGCCACAGUUAGAGAUUCCAACCUGAAGUUAACGCUGGCCUUCGGGAUUGGCAUGCAUCACGCAGGUCUACAUGAAAGAGACCGGAAAACUGUGGAGGAGCUGUUCGUCAACUGCAAGAUCCAGGUUUUGAUUGCAACCAGUACUCUGGCCUGGGGAGUGAACUUCCCCGCUCACCUGGUGGUCGUGAAGGGAACUGAAUACUUUGAUGGUAAAACCAGACGCUACGUGGAUUACCCCAUUACAGAUGUUCUGCAGAUGAUGGGGCGAGCGGGUCGACCUCAGUUUGACGACCAAGGCAAAGCAGUCAUUCUCGUGCAUGACAUCAAGAAGGAUUUCUACAAGAAGUUCCUCUAUGAGCCGUUCCCUGUUGAAUCCAGCCUCCUCAGUGUGCUGUCAGACCAUCUGAAUGCUGAGAUUGCAGCAGGAACCAUCUCAUCUAAGCAGGAUGCAAUGGACUACAUCACCUGGACGUACUUCUUUAGACGGCUGGUGAUGAACCCCAGUUAUUACAGCCUUGAGGACAUAAGCCACGAGUCCAUGAACAAAUUCCUCUCCAACCUGGUGGAGAGGAGCCUGCGGGACCUGGAGUGUUCUUACUGCAUUGAGAUUAAAGAGGACGAUCGGACCAUUGAGCCGCUGACCUAUGGUCGCAUUUCCUCCUAUUACUACCUGAGGCACCAGACCAUCCGCAUGUUUAAAGAGCGGCUGAAGGCUGAGCUGUCCGUAGAAGAGCUGCUCUCCAUUCUGACGGAUGCAGAGGAGUAUGCCGAGUUACCCGUACGACACAAUGAGGAUCAGCUCAACAGCCAGUUGGCCCAGCAGCUACCAGUGCAGGUCAACCCCCACUCCUAUGACAGUGCCCACACCAAGACCCACCUGCUGCUGCAGGCCCACUUCAGCCACGCCCAGCUACCAUGCAGCGACUACAACACCGAUACCAAGACAGUACUGGACAACGCCAUCCGAAUCUGUCAGGCAAUGUUGGAUGUCGCUGCAAACGAAGGCUGGGCCGUUACAGCCAUCAGUAUCUGCAACUUGAUACAGAUGAUCGUCCAGGGCCGUUGGCUCCAUGACUCCUCGUUACUGACACUGCCUCAUGUGGAACAACAAGACCUUUAUCUGUUCAGGAAAUGGGCAAAGGAUAAGAGGAAUGUAGGAGGCUACAACGGACCCAUUGAAGGACUUCCUGAACUGAUUGCCGUCUGCAACGGAAAAGAAAGUAUUUUUGGUGGUAUUGUCAGCCAAGAGUUUCAUUCACAUCAGAUUUCUCAGAUAUGGUCCUUCCUGAGUCAUCUCCCAGUGCUGGAGGUCAAGAUGAGUGUGAAGGGCUGGUGGGAGGAGAGCCAGGAGCAAACAGAGCGUCCUCUACCUGCAGCAAGAGGAAACCUGAGAGACGACAGCAGCUGGCUGCCUGUCCACGCUGACCAGGAGUAUGUUCUGCAGGUGUCACUGAGACGCAUCAAUCUGGGCCAACAGAGGAGGAAGCAGGACAGUAAGGCCCAAGCCCCCAGAUUUCCCAAGGCGAAGGAUGAAGGCUGGUUCCUUGUGAUGGGGGAGGUGGAUCGCAGGGAGCUGGUGGCUCUCAAACGGGUCGGAUAUGUGCGCAACCACUCGUCGGUGUCUGUGGCUUUCUUCACGCCGGAGAAGACUGGAAAGUGCAUCUACACACUGUACCUGAUGAGUGACAGCUACCUGGGCUUGGACCAGCAGUACGACGUCCGCCUGAACGUAACACCUGCCAGCAUCGCUGCCCAGGUCAACACAGAGGUGUCCGACUCGAAGUGACAGCCGAGGAAAGCAACAAAAAAAGGUUCUACAUCGAUCAACAGAUGAUUCAGAAACACAGUAACCCUUUCCAGACAUUAUUAUCUCACUGUGUGAACACUUUCCCGGUGACUAUCUCACAAAGACAGGUUGAAGUUUACAGUUCUGUGUUAGUCGACUUUUACUUCAUUAAACCAUUUCAAGCAAUGGCAGUGACAUUCACCUCUUGCUUGUGUGCUAUAACCACAUUGCAUGUUGUCUAUCAAGGCUAAAUUUGUGCCUCAUUUACUUCAAAUUUCUUAGAUUGUUCAAAUUCAGCGAGGGGAAAAAAACAAUUCAUAUUAGAUUUGAUUUUAUUCAUCUAACCUGAUUUAAUACUGAAUCGUGUCAGGUCGCAAACUGCUGUUUCGCAGAUGAAGAAUAGUUUUGUACCUUUUGAGAAGUCCCUGUCAAAGUUAUUCACACACUGCAUAAGUCACAACAUAUUGAGAAGAUUGAACAGAACCAGUCCUCAGUUCUUGAGAAUCCUCUGCAUUUUGCCCCUAUUCAGACAAAUUCACAACAUUGGGAACAUUUCUUGAAACAUUUAAGCAAGAAGGCAGUAUGCACAAGUCCGGGUAUUUGGUUUUUUUUUUGCAG